CACAGUGGCCUCACAUUCUUAAGUAUGAACUGUCUUCGUUCGCUUGAACGCUGGAAUUGUGGGUUCGAAUCAAGACACUGUAUUAAAUGGCACAAAUAUCGUUUCCACCUUACAAACUCACUUGUGUGUCAUGUUCUUAUUCCCGACUCCAACUAACUUCAUGGAGAUGAGCCUUUCUUGAGACGCCGUCAGUCGCCCAGCUACUCAAGAAUUUCCCAUAAUUAUAUUGAACCUAGAGAUUCAUUACCGUGUUAAGAAGAACCCGCCAAUUUUCUGUGUCCUGAGUCAGAUGAAUCCAGUCCAUACCGUCCCAUUCUAUUUUUCUAAGAGCAAUGCUGUUAGUGAAGAAUUUUGUGUUUUGGGACUUAACACCGUUUAGCACGUUGAAAGUCAACCGGCGUCUCGAAAGGACAUGCCACCUCCAUUUCAGGGCCGAAGAAUAAACCGGGCAGAGCUGUCACGCUGGUUUCUUGUUGGGCUUAUUCUUCGGCGCUGAUGAUGUAGGCGACGUGUUCCUCAGAAACGCCGGUUGACUUUCAACGUGCUAUAUGUCGUUAUAUCCCAGAAGAUAGUACUUUUCAUAACCACCGCUGUGAGAACCUUACAUUUUACGCAGUGCUAUGAUUGCCUGUAUUAAAUUAAGUAUGAAAUUUGGGUUGUCUGUAAUAGCAUAAUGUCCAUACCAAGUUUUUUUUCAAACUCUGUCACACGAUUCCAAAUUGAAAGCGGAGACAUACGGACAAAAAGACGAACAAAUACGGAGACACAAAGGCAAGAUGAUAUAACAGACUUGGAAAUGGUGGAGCGCACAGUAAUGAGUGUGUCUGUGCCGACUCCUGGUAAAGAGGGCAGUGCUGCAGCAGUGGCAGUCUUCAAGGUGCAUGGUGCUCGCACGGAGUGGAACAGAAGAAAGUCUGUUAUGGAAGUACUACAGAACUUUCCCGUGAACCGACUUGGUUCCAAUUUCAUCGUUGUGGUUUCCCAAGAACUAGUAAGCGUUAUCAUGGAAGUGAGCCAGGCAGUGGGACUGACACAUCCGGAAAGCCAGUGGCUCUACAUCAUCUCUGACCCAAAAGCACUCAGUAACAACAUGUCCGCAGUCACAGCCUUGUUGAGUGAGGGUCAGAAUAUCGCGUUUGCUCACGACAGCAGCUCCAGUGGAACGGAUUGUGAGGGCGGGCUGUUUUGCCACGUGGAGGAGCUUCUACAGAGUUUCGUAGUGGCACUGGACUUGGUCAAUGAAGACGAAGAGAAUUUCAUCGGCCAGGUAUCCCCGGAGGAAUGGGACGUUAUCAGUCCAACCAAAUACAAGCGCCGCUCCGUCCUGCUCGACCUAAUGAACACCGCGCUGAGUGAGGGCGGCCGCUGCGAUAACUGCACGACUUGGACAUUAAAAGCUGGAGAUACGUGGGGGCUGGAAUAUCAAGAACAGGAGCAGACAGACGGGGGCCAUAAAAUGACCAGACAUAUGAUCACUGUUGGUCGGUGGUCGCUUCGAGAAGGUCUCAGGAUGUCAGACUACCUGUUCCCUCACAUAAGGAAAGGUUUCGGAGGUCGAAACCUUCCUAUCAUCUCGUUUCAGAAUCCGCCAUGGCAAGUCAUCAAAUAUAAUGACACUACUCAGAGGACAGAUUAUGAUGUACUACUAUUUAAAAUUGUUAAUCAACUGGCACAGAAUUUAAAUUUCAGAUACACGGUCAUAUUUCCAGCAAGUAACAAAGAAGGAUGGACAAGUGAUUCUACCUUAACGAAAGACAAUGACGGCAAUGUAAGCAACGUUUUUCUUGAAACCGAUAAGAUCAUUGAAAUACUCCGUAGAAAGAGGGUAUUGCUUGCUGCAGGCGCCUUUGCAGUGACGCCGAAGAGAAAGGAACUCGUCAAUUUUACUAUGCCGAUCUCAAUCCAGACGUCAAUGCUACUUACAUCUCGCCCUGAUGAAGUCAGCCGGGCGCUCAUCUUCAUAGCUCCCUUCUCAUAUGAAACGUGGGCCUGUAUCUUGUUGCUGAUGGUCAUCGUGACGCCACUGCUCAACUACUUCCACCGUCACAGUCCUUACUACGAGUACUUCUGCAAGAGAAAUGUGAAGGGCGGUCUCAACUCCCUGUACAACUGUUUGUGGUACGUGUAUGGGGCUCUGAUGCAGCAAGGUGGUAUGCAUCUUCCGGAGGCUGACAGCGGCCGCAUAAUUGUGGGCUUCUGGUGGCUGGUUGUCUUGGUUAUUGUGACGUCAUACAGCGGCAGCUUGGUUGCUUUCCUCACUUUCCCCAAAUAUGAGGUCGCCAUUACAAAUGUAGAGGAACUUCUGGCACGCCGGAGCACGGUGUCCUGGGGAAUUCUGAAAGACACGGCUGUAGAGGAACACCUCAAGCAGAUGGAGCAUCCCAAGUACAAAUCGUUGCUCGAGGGAGCUACAAUACACGACGAACAGAAUGACGCGCUGGUGUCCCAAGUUCGUGCCGGUUCACAUGUUUUCAUCGAGUGGGAAAUUAACCUCCUGAACGUCAUGAAGAGAGAGUUCCUUGCUACUAACAGAUGUGACUUCGCCCUCGGAGACGAAGAAUUUUUGGAAGAACAACUAGCGAUGAUGAUGCCGUUAGGGAGCCCAUACCUCGGAAUGGUCAACAGAGAGCUUCGGCGAAUGCACCAAGCCGGCCUGAUCUACAAAUGGUACCUCGAGCACCUGCCCAGGAAGGACCGCUGCUGGACCACCAGUCGGAUUAUGCAGGCCACAACCCACGUUGUCAACCUGGACGACAUGCAAGGUUCCUUCUUCGUGCUUGGUUUAGGUUGCGCCUGCGCAGUGAUACUCAUCUGUCUCGAGCAGUGCUACCACAAGCAUAAAUUAUCUAAAGAGAAAAGGGUGAUAAAACCUUUUGCUUCUUAGAUUAUUAUGUACUAAUCCAAGGCGUCUUACUUUAUUGAAGAAAUUUAUCUACACACAUAUUUGUAUGUAACAAGUAUUAUUGUAUGAAAUCUCAAUGUGCAAGAAUAUACUAACUUUCAUCAACCGAAAAGAGGCGUAUCUUUCUUUUGUAAACUUUUGAAUCAAAUUCCGGCUCCAGCUACGAAGUAAUGUAACAUCAUACAUCUAUCCUCUUACUUUAAUAGACAGGCUAGCGGCCUUUGGGGGGGGGCUAUUUUGAAUAGAGUACGAAAUUUCAAAUUUCACCAAAAGCUAUGAAUUUUGUAGUAAUCUGAGGGACUAUUAGCUUCUCAAAAAGGAUCAUCUUCGAUUGACUUAUUUGCAUUCGAUAUGUGAAUAACGUUUCGUGGUAUUUUUAAUCUAUGCGAACAAAGAGUAACUAAACUUUUCAACUUUCAUGCUGUAGAUUAAAAAUACUAUCCCUGUAACAGUCCGUGAAGGCCCAUAGGGUCGUGAGACGUCGAGGCCCUCAUGUUUUGUCUAGAUUCCAGAGUUUAAAGUGCUGUUGUGUUUCUCUACGUUGAAUAUCAAAAUAUAUUUCCUGCGUUUAAAAAAAAAACAUUUUAAAACAGAGGAACAUAUUUAACUUAUUCCUAAAUUACAAAAAUCUAGUGAAUUUCACAAAAAACACACACCCAUUUAAAUGAAAUAUUUUUAUUUAUAUCCCACUACAAAUAUUGAUUUAUGAACUUUUAUAUUCAAUUGUGAAGAAAAUGUACAAUCUACGAAUACUAUGUUCGUUUGAGAUGUAACGCCGUGGAAUUCUGUACAUGUUAAUCGACGUUUCGGUAGAAUAUAUCGCCUUCAUUUUCAGGGUCGAAGUGUAAGGAAACAACGAAGCAAAGACGAAGUAAACGUUGAGUAGAGCUAUGUUUGCCAUCUGCUUCUUGCUAGUUUGUUGUUUGGCUUACUCUUUGUGACCUUGAAGAUGGAGGCGAUAUAUUCUUCAGAAACGUCGGUGAACUUGUGCCGAACUACACGUCAUUAAAGUUCAAGAGAUGGUACACUUCUAGUGAGAGUCUAAAAUCCAACAAACAAAAUCUACUUGAUUCUGUAUCAGAACAGAGGACCUAAUCCACGCAAGUUGAAGUCUCUGUAAGAUGUACGGUAUUACAUGCUUUCGAUUAAGAAAGCUAAAAAAUAUGCAUAUUCACAAAAUUUUGUUUAUUCUUGAGCACUGGUCCCCAAGCACCAUACUGCGUCUUCUUACUCUCUUGAAU